GUCGGCUGUCGCGCAAGCUGGUGCUGCCGACGACAACGUCAAACUCCAGAAAUCCCUCGACAAGAUGGCUGGCGACUGGAACAACCUGCCCGAAGGGCACAAACUAAAAAAGUUUCACGCGGAGCUUGGGGAGAUCCUCAGCUCCACUGGCUACAAUGAGAUGUAUGGUGUCGAACUGCAGCCGCCAGCAGAAGGCAAGUCCCCGUCCCAUUCGACCCUCAUCAUCCUCCAAAAGUUCCUCCGAGCCAAUGUCGACGACCUCGAGAAAGCCAAAGAGCAGCUCACAGCCUCCUUGAAGUGGAGGAAAGAGUAUCAGCCGCUAAAGGCACGCGACGAAGCCUUUGAUGGCGAGAAGUUUGGGAAACUGGGUUACAUCACACGCGUCAAAGGUGUCAAAGGAUCCCAAAACGCGGAAGAUGUUGCAACUUUCAACAUCUACGGCGCGGCUGCAAAGGACUUCAAGAAGACGUUCGGCGAUACGGACGCCUUCCUUCGUUGGCGCGUUGCGCAAAUGGAGCUUACAUUGAAAGAGCUCGACCUCAAUGCCGCAGACCAGACCAUUCCCGACUAUGGCAAGGGACCGGAUCCAUACAAAGCUAUUGCCGUCCACGAUUACCUUUCCGUCUCCUUCUUCCGCCAACCCUCCGAGAUCAAGACCGCGUCGACCAAGAUCAUCGACAUGUUCCAGCGGUACUACCCCGAGACUGUGGGCCAGAAAUUCUUCGUCAACGUUCCACUCGUGAUGCAAUGGAUGAUGGGUGCAAUGAAGGCUUUGCUUUCCAAGGACAGUAUCCAGAGCAUGACGUGGAUGACCUACGGAUCACAGCUCAAGGAUUACCUUGGUGCAGAUAUCCCAAAGGAAUACGGUGGAACUGGCGCACCUCUCGCCGAGACCGCAAUUACGCCAAAGUAUGGGAAAGAGGAGGCGCAGAAGGAUACCCCUGCUCCAGUUGUCGCUCCAGUUGUCGCUCCGGUUGUCGUCCCAGUAGCUGCCCCUGCGAGUACUGAUCCGCCAGCCGAGGAGAAGAAGGCUGAGGAGUCGAAGGUCGAGGAGAAGAAGGUCGAGGAGAAGAAGGUCGAGGAGAAGAAGGUCGAGGAGAAGAAGGUCGAGGAGAAGACCGAGGAGAAGGCCGAGGAGAAGGCCGAGGAAAAGAAGGCCGAGGAACAAGUGGUCGAGGAGAAGAAAGUCGAGGACAAGAAAGUCGAGCAGCCCCUCGCUGAGCCUGCUGAGCCUGCUGCACCUGCAGAACCGGCUACCGCAGAACCAACAUCCGCCGCAGUGGUGCCAGAAGCAGCCACGGAGAAUGCUGGUGCAACAGUGGCCACUGCAAACCCCUCUGAAGUCAUCGACACGCCAGAGGAGAAGAAGGCGGCAUAGUACGUGGCCGACAGCAUUUCUCGAGCUUUCCGGCGUGAGCGUCCUCCAUCCGAUGCAUUCGCGAGGUCGGCAGAUCAUCAUCGAUGACGAGAAUCGAUUGGCUUCCUGUCGACCUGUCCACCGGCCAUAUACCGAGGACUCUGGUCCUUUUUUGCUUCUGCGCCCUAUACCCUCUGCUCGCCGCGAAGCGACUUAGUUCAGUGAGAUUGAUGUUUAGAUAGGUACUUGUGCAAAGGAUGGAGGGAAAAUGAAUGAACGUCGUUCAAUCUCCUCUAAUCAGAUGUGUAUGACCUGCGGCGCAUUUCCCAGCCUUCCCUCGUCCUCAUACAUCAUCGCCGCAUUGACCAUGGUCGUCUUAGGAGGUUCUUCGUGCCCCAUCAGCCACUCGCACAGCCCUUCUUUCACACUAUAGUACACAAAUGCCACAAAAUGAUACCACAGCACCAAAUUCGCCAUACUCAGCACACAUCCCUUCCACGUCACCGCAGACUCCCGCCUCAACACUUCCACCAAAUGUCUCUCGGCCCGAUCCCAUCGCACCACUUCUUUCCCACCCCGCACUUUGCCAAACACAUCCGACCGUCCCGCAUGGAUGUGGCCAAAAAUGUGCACGAGGGGUUUCGUCCGUCGCACUUCAUGCAAGAGAAAUUCAUCACCCAUGGCUUCGACUCCGGGGAGAUCCAAAUGACAUUUGGGAGGACAAUGCGAAAUGAGAAUUUCCGUGUCCCCGGGGACUUUUCCUGUCCAGUGGUCUUGACUGCGUGGGUGUUGGAAAGCGUGCGCGGGACCUCCGACGUGGGGAAUGAAAGGUGAGCCGUAGAUUUUGAUGGUUGUUGUUGUUGUAUCUUUUUGUUGUUGUUCUUCUUGCUUUUCUGUAGUGGUUGAAGAAGAAGAAGUGGUCGAAGAAUCACCACCACAAGGAAAUUUCAAAAUCACAAAACUGUCUUGCAAAUAAAUCACACUUCGCCAAUUCACAUCCUCAUUCCGAUCUGCAAGUGCCAAUGUCCCUCGACUGCGCGGAUCUAAAUGACUAUCGUGAUUUCCCGCAAUGACGAUUUUGUAGGUGUGAGGUUGUGCGUGUAACCAAUUGAUUUGCGAUUGGAUUUCUUUGGGGGUUCCUGCGUUGCUCAAGUCUCCUGCGUGGAUGAGAAUGUCGCCGAAAGGGAGUGGUGAGGGAGGGAUGAGGGUGUGAGUGUCGGAUAUGGCGAUGAUGGUGAGGUUUUUCUUUUUCUUCUUCUUUUGGUUUUGGUUUUCUAUGUUGUUGUUCUUCUUGUUGUUGUUGCGUAUUGCAUUGAGGGAUCGGAUAGAGGAGAAUAAGAGGUCAAGGAUGCGGGCGAGAAGUUUGAGAGGGGAGAGAAGUUGUAAGUAUAGGGAUG